GUGUGAGUGGGAGAGAGAGAGAGAGAGAGAGAGAGAGAGAGAGAGAGAGAGAGAGAGAGAGAGAGAGAGAGAGAGGGGAGGAGAGCUCCGUCUCUCCCGGUGCACUUGGCAGUCUAGUUGCGGGCUGCUGUGCUGUUGCUGUCGUGGCGUGGCUGGUCGCGCCAGGCGGGGGAACUUCACCACACUGGAGCCCGGAGUCCCACUCUCUCACCUGCGCAGUUCGGAGCUGCCAUGGGUCUCUCGCCUGGAUUUACUGUCCUGAUCCUCCUGCCGGCCUUUCUGCUGCACACCAGCGGCCUUUACAUCGCCAGUAGCGUCGACUCCCUGCAGCAUGUACUGGGGGAGUAUGGACUGGUGAGGCCAAUCAGUGUGGACGCAGAGGGCCGCUUCCUGUCGCACGCCGUCUCGGCUGACCAUAUGGCAGGAGGGCAGUCCCGUAGGCGCCGGAGGAGGGAGGUAGGAGUAGGCAAUGAUGAGUGGGAAGGACCACGAGGAGUCGAGGAGGACCAAGAGCCCGUGGGCCGUCGGGAAAGACUUUACUACAAUGUCACCGUCUUCGGCCGGGAGUUCCACCUGCGUCUGCGCCACAAUGCCAGGCUGGUGGCCCCCGGAGCCAAGAUCGAGUGGCGCGAUGGCAGCGACAGCACUCGGCACUCUGAGCCACUGCAAGAUGAAUGCCUGUACGUGGGUGACAUCCCCGACACACCAGGAGCCACCGUGGCUAUCAGCAACUGUGACGGCCUGGCCGGAAUGAUCAGGACGGAGCAAGAGGAGUUUUUUAUCGAGCCGGUGGAGAAGGGCGAUGGAGUCAUCGAAGAGGAGGCGAAGGGAGGAGAAGGAAGGACGCACAUCGUCUAUCGCUCCUCGGCUGUGAAGAAGGCGCCCAUUGGCGGCGAGGCGGCAGACUUCCAUGCCAGAGGUGCUAACCUGGGUGGUCUGAUGGACCUGGAGACCCUGUACCGCGGCGUGGAGCAGAGCAUCAACCACACGAGAGCAGGGCGGAUGCGCCGACAGACGAGGGACAGGGCCUACAACAUCGAGGUGCUGCUGGGCGUGGACGACUCGGUGGUCCAGUUCCACGGGACGGAGCACGUCCAAAAGUACCUGCUCACACUCAUGAACAUCGUGAAUGAGAUCUACCACGACCAUUCUUUGGGGGCAACCAUCAACGUGGUGCUGGUGCGGAUUAUCAUGCUGGGCUACGACACGUCCAUGAGUCUGAUCGAACUGGGGAACCCAUCUCAGAGUCUGGAGAACGUGUGUCGCUGGGCCUUCCUGCAGCAGAAGCAGGACACCGGGGACUCCGAGUAUCACGACCACGCCAUCUUCCUCACGCGACAGGAGUUCGGCCCCACGGGAAUGCAGGGUUACGCCCCAGUGACAGGCAUGUGUCACCCGGUGAGGAGCUGCACUUUGAACCAUGAGGACGGGUUCUCCUCCGCCUUUGUGGUGGCGCACGAGACCGGACACGUGUUGGGGAUGGAGCACGACGGCCAGGGCAACCGCUGUGGAGACGAGGUGCACAUGGGCAGCAUCAUGGCCCCGCUGGUGCAAGCCGCCUUCCACCGCUUCCACUGGUCCAGAUGUAGCAUGCAGGAGCUGGGGCGCUACCUGCACUCCUAUGACUGUCUGCGUGACGACCCCUUCGCACACAACUGGCCCUCUCUGCCGCAGCUCCCCGGUCUGCACUACUCCAUGAACGAGCAGUGUCGCUUCGACUUCGGUGUGGGCUACUCGAUGUGCACCGCGUAUCGCACAUUUGACCCAUGUAAGCAGCUGUGGUGUAGCCACCCAGACAAUCCCUUCUUCUGCAAGACCAAGAAAGGACCACCCAUCGAUGGCACCAUGUGUGGGAACGGGAAGCACUGCUUUAAAGGUCACUGCAUCUGGUUGACCCCCGACAUCAUAAAGCAAGAUGGGAACUGGGGUUCGUGGAGUGAGUUUGGCCAGUGCUCCCGCACCUGUGGUGGAGGAGUCCAGUUUCGCACUCGUGACUGCGACAAUCCAAGGCCAGCCAACGGGGGCCGGACCUGUGUCGGGGCGACUUACCAGUUUCAGAUAUGCAACUCCGACGAAUGCCAGGACAUCUACAGCGACACGCGGGAGGAGCAAUGCCACGCCUGGGACCCUCGCUUUGAACUCCACAGCAACAAGCACCACUGGCUGCCUUACGAACACACAGACCCUAACAAACGCUGCCACCUGCACUGCCAAUCCAAGGAGACUCGGGACGUGGUCUUAAUGCAGAGGAUGGUCCUGGACGGCACGCGCUGCUCCUACAAGGACCCGCACAGUCUGUGUGUGCGUGGAGAGUGCGAGAAAGUGGGCUGCGACGCUGUGAUCGGCUCCUCGAAGCAGGAGGACAAGUGCGGAGUGUGUGGCGGUGACAACUCCAGCUGCAAAACCUUCAAAGACACCAUCACACGCACAGCCAAGAAACAAGGAUUCCUCAAAGUUCUUGAAAUCCCCAGAGGAGCGAGACACCUCCUGAUCCAAGAGCUUAAAGCAACUUCACACUCUCUGGCUGUGAAGAACGUGGCAUCGGGACUGUUCUUCCUGAACGGAGAAAAUGAAUACCCAGAAUCCCACUCGGUCAUAGAGAAGGGCGUGGAGUGGGAAUAUGAGAACGACAACGACAAGGAGACGCUUCAGAGCACUGGGCCGAUCAGACAUGGGAUUCUCAUCAUGAUGAAAUUACACGGGGACGAGGAUGUGAAUUUGUCUUAUAAAUACAUGAUGAACAUGGACAGUGACUCUGCCAUUCUGAACAACAUGCUGGUGGAAGACAGUGCCUACGAGUGGGCCCCGAAGAGAUGGUCCUACUGCUCCAAGCCCUGCGGUGGAGGGAAACAGUACCUGCGAUACGGCUGCAGAAGAAAGGUGGACAGUAAGAUGGUCCACAAGAGCUCCUGUAACAAGUCCAACAUGAAGCCUAGAGGAGACACCAGGGACUGCAACCAGAAGACCUGCCCUCCACCCAUCUGGGUGACUGGCGAGUGGCAGAACUGCAGCAAACCGUGCGGAAAGACGGGCCUGCAGAUCCGCUCGGUCAGCUGUGUCCAGCCGUCAGAUGACAACACCACGCGCUCCAUUCACAAUAAACACUGCGGCGACAACCGGCCCGAGGCCCGCAGACCCUGCAACCGGCAACCCUGCCCGACCCAGUGGCGAGUCGGGCCGUGGUCAAAGUGCUCAGUGACGUGUGGCAACGGGACCCAGCAGAGGACGGCUCUGUGCCACACCAGGGACAACAACAUCGGCCUGUGUCUGGACACCAUCAGAGUCUGCCGCAUGGAUCCGUGUCCCAAGGGCUCCUCCGACCUCAACAAGAACGGCAACAUCCUGAUCCAGUGGCUGUCUCGCCCCAACACCAACUCCAACUACCCGAAGAUCUCCUCACGCCAGCGUUGUCAUGGAGACCGCUCCUUGUUCUGUCGCAUGGAGGUGCUGAAGCGAUAUUGCUCUCUACCGGACUUCCAGCGCAUGUGCUGCAAGUCGUGCAGCAAUGUCACCAUUCCAGAGCCUCCUCUCAACUCCUCCUCCAGGUCCACUCCCAUCACCUCUAUCCAUCCCACUGUCAGAGCUCCUCCACUCACCAGCACCCUCAGUGCUGGUUUCACCACCAUCCAACCCCCCGAACCUCUCAUUACCACCAUAUCUGCUUUGACUACCAACUCCUGGACCAUCACUCAUUCUAGCACCCCCGCCCCUGUUCCUCAUUCCACCCCAACCUCACUCAGCACCACUGACAUGAUUGCAAAUCAUCCAUCAGCUGCCACCAGUGCCCCUGUUGUCCCUACCGCCUUUUCCAUGGCAACCGCCUCAGUUAUUACCACCUCUCCCAGUAUUACUGCUCAUCCCCAGCCUCUGCCGGUCCCAGUGACAGAUGAGAGCACAGAUCCAAACUUACAAAGCACUACAAAUAGUCCAAAAACAUCAGGAACAAUAACGACCAUAACCCUCUCUGCAGCCACCAGUCCAACCAUCACAAUUCCAGCAGAAUAUAGCACAAAAACAGACUCCCCGUUGAAAUCCAAGCCCAAAAAGAAUAUACCUUCCAAGAAAAAAAACAAAAAAGUGAUUCGACCAAAGAUUAAACCCAAAAAGAAUACUGCGCUGAAAAAUACGACAAGAAAAGCUGUUCCACCAAAGAACAAUCCAAAAAAGAAAACAAUUCCUUUGAAUACCUUUGUGAACAGAAAUCCCCAAAAUAAUUCACAAGAAAAAACAACUCCCAAAUACCCUACUCCAGCAAGCACUACUCCAAAAAAGACAUCCCCCAAAAAGACCACUCCUAAACAGACUACUCCAGAAAAGACCACUCCUAAAAAGACCACUCAAGAAAAGACAACUCCCAAAAAGACCACUCCAGAAAAGACUACUCUAGAAAAGACUACUCCUAAAAAGACCAUCCCUAAAAAGACUACUCCAGAAAAACCACCUCCCAAAAAGACCAAGAUUGUAAAACAUAUACCAGAGAAAAAACCCAAAGCCAAGGUUCCACCAAAGGCCGGUUCCAAAAAAAAGAUUCAGCCAAAGACAAAAGUUGCAAAACAAACUCAAACCAGGAUAAACAACAAAAAGAACCCAAAGCCAGGACCCCGAAAUGCUACAGACUCACAGGGCCUACAGAAAAAGACGAUUCCAAAAAAGAAAACACUAGUGUCUUCUUAUUCCACCACAACUCGCUCUCCCUACAGCCUGGAACCAUCACGAGAGCACUUCUCUUCUAGCACCAGCGUGUAUGAUCCAUCACCUGUUCCCGAGUCAGGAGUCAAUGUCACUUUUAUCAGUAACAACACAGCAGCCACAGAAGAACCUCCUCUGUGGUUUCACGAAAGCAAAGACACUGUAGAGACAACACCCGGCAUGUUGGACCACCUCGCAACACCCACUGGUACUACAAAGUUUGACGAUGUCACAAUGCCCAGUGGAAACUUCGCGCCCGCUGAUGUCCAUAUGAUAAGCAGCGGUGAUGUCACAGUAACCAGCGGGACUAUUCUCAGUGGCGAUGACAUCACAGUGUCUUACGGCCAUGUUGGACUGGUCAGCGACACCAUUGUGCUGGACGAUGGCCUCACCAUGGUGAUCCCGACCAUCAACAGCGAGGACAUGACAGAUCUCGCCUCCACACCCUGGCUGGACCUGUCUGAGUACAUCCCUGUGAGUGUUCCCACGACAUCCCCUGAGCCCAUCAUCACCUCGCCUCCCACCACCAUCUAUACCACAACGGGUAAACCAGCCAUCACAACCCCCACAGGCUUUACUGGUAAAGCUGAGGAGAACAGAGAGAACAACUCCAUCGAUCUCUCGUACAACAGGAUCGUCGGCGUAGACAAUGACAUCUCUCGGAACAACCUGAUCCCAAAGCGCCGGGUCAACCUCCGAGAAAGAACCAGGAACAAACGCAUUCAGGAGCUUCUGGAGGAGAAGCGGAACUUUCUCCUGCGGAUGAAGAGAGGCCACGCAGUACGAUAGACCAAGCUUUCUCAUUCCUCUUAUAGAGAUGAACGUUAUAUUUACAGACACUUUUUAAACCCCUGCGUGAACUGCCAUGAUGCUUUAUAUCAGGCCUUUCCCAAAAAACAACAAACUCUCAGUCACAUCAGGACAAUCAGGACUAUCAGGACUCCUGCAGGGAGAAAACACGAUGGCCACAUGUUUGAACAGUUGCUUUGAAUAGGGAAAAGCCCUUUAGAGAACAGCAGGUUGGAAGCAAAUCGCCUCACCUGUGUAAACACAAUAAUGAGAGACAGAAGGGAUAAAACCUCCAGUUGGACCAGCACUUUAAAGAGCCAAGCUUUUAUCCCUCUAAACCACCUACAGUCUUGUUUGAGGAUUCACUCAAUGGAUGAUGUAGAUAAGAUGUAAUGGAGUUUGGGAAACAGUAUUAUCUGUACUGGCACUUAUGGUUGCAACAAAAUCUACAACCUAGAAUCCAAAUCUUCAUCUGAUAUCAUAUUACAGCCCAAUACUGCAGCUCAUUUCCCCCAAAAAGAUAUGAUUACCUCUCAGCUCCCUAAUAACAGCAGCUGUAGAACUGGAUGCAAAUGUUGUACACACAAUCACCCAGUUGGAGCUUUCGGAGACCUUAAUAAUUUGAAUGCCAAACAAUCAGAAAGUCAAAGUGUCCCUUUGGUCUAAUCACAUUGUGAACGUUUACACUGCUUGGAUCGUGUUGCCUUUUCAACAGCAAACAGUCUGUCAGACUGCAGAGGGUCUGUCACCUCUCAGGAAGUUAAGAUACAGUGUGGAGGUCUGGUGAGAGACUUUAUCAAACCCUAUCUUGGUGCUUCAUGGAUUUUGAUGAUAUAUUUUUAUAUCUCACUAAACCAAGAGAAAAAAGUAUAUUUUAUUGCAUUUUUUUGUUUUUAUUUUUAAUGGCCAGUCGAGUAUGGUGCUUUUUUUGUCAGUUUUGCUUAAAGCAAUGUCCAUCGUGAAUUCAUUUAUGUAAAAGGAUUACAAAAAGUACACUACACCUGUUUGUAUCAACUGUAUCCCCAUAGAAGCUUUGAGGGUCGGUAUAUUUUUUUUUCUAGAAGAUUUAUUAUUGGUACAUCUCAAACUUGCAGCAGCUGCAAUGGCACCAGCGGAUCUUUCUGUACGAUAUCUGUACAUAUGAAACUUAAAGUUUAAUAUUUAUUAAAGUUUUAGUGCCUGUGGA